GCCCCUGGCCGGCGUGCACGCGCGGGUGAUGCGCUAGCCAUGAUCUCGCAGAAGCUGUCGUACGGCGACGUGCCGACGUCCGCGUCGCUGUCGUCCCUGUCGCCGGGCCUCGCGCCGCCAUACGUCAACGGCAUGGGCUGCAUGCCCGCGCAGCCCUACCCCAACCUGUACGCCAACAACAUGGUGGCGGGCGGCUCGUGCAUGGGCUCGCCCGGCGUGGGCUACUCGCCGCCCAGCAGCAUGCCGUCCUGCAUGGGCGGCGGCGCCGUGCCGUACGGCGCGCUGCCGCGCGAGCAGGAGGCCGCGUCGCCCACGUCGGCGCUGCAGCGCGCGCGCAACGACAAGACCUACCGCCGCUCCUACACACACGCCAAGCCGCCCUACUCCUACAUCUCGCUCAUCACCAUGGCCAUUCAGAACAACCCCUCGCGCAUGCUCACCCUGUCCGAGAUCUACCAGUUCAUCAUGGACCUGUUCCCGUUCUACCGCCAGAACCAGCAGCGCUGGCAGAACUCGAUCCGACAUUCGCUCUCCUUCAACGACUGCUUCGUCAAAGUGCCGCGAACUCCCGACAAGCCGGGCAAGGGAUCGUUCUGGACUCUGCACCCGGACAGCGGGAACAUGUUCGAGAACGGCUGCUUCCUGCGGCGGCAGAAGCGCUUCAAGGACGAGAAGAAGGAGACCAUCCGGCAAGCGCAGAAAGCGGCGCAGACGCACGGCCACCACGGCGGGCACGACAAGCGCGAGCACGGGCACGACAAGGCGGGCGGCGGCGCGGGCGCGGGCGAGGACAAGGAGAUGCGCGACGAGCUGCUCGCGCAGCUGCACGCCGCGCCCGAGCUGUGCCUGCCCGAGCACACGCCGCUGGCGCUGGAGCACUACGCGCACCUCAAGCAGGAGCCCACGGGCUACGCGCCCGCCACGCACCCCUUCAGCAUCACGCGGCUGCUGCCCGGCGCCGACACCAAGGCCGACCUGAAGAUGUACGACGUCAACUACGGCUACGGGCACGCGCCCGCCGACAACUACUACCAGUCGCCGCUGUACCACCACCACGCGCACCACUCGCAGCCGCCCUUGUGACAGUACCCGCUGGCGUAGGCGCCGCGCCGCCCGAGCGUGCUCUGGCCGCGCCGCGGGUAAGUGCGAGGCUUGCCUUCCCCACGCCGACCUCCCGACGACCUGGACUCAUACUGUGAGCGUGUUGUGUUCUUGUGAUAUGCCGCCCGGGGUCCGUUUGUAAAUUGUGUACAUAUUUUCGAUAAUUUUGAUCCGUUGUGCGCAUUAGUAGGUAGUCGCUGCACGGCCCGCGGGCGGCGGCUAAGUUAGGCCUAACUCGAACUGUGGGACUCUCGCUGAAGUGCUCUCGUGAGUCCUCUGAACUGAUAACCGUUCGUAUACCAAAUCUUAUUAGGAUUAUUGAUGAAAUACUCGGUUUUAAAUAAGUUAAUUUACUUAUUAAAUAAUUUACCAAAAAGAGAAAACGUUGAGUUUAAGGGCAGUUCCCAUUUACAGUCUUAUCUUCUUGGUAGUAUUUUGUGAUAAUAAAUGUCAAUCGUAAUAUAAACCUUUUUCCACGCGAAACAAAGAGUGCGCUAUAAUAUUACUUAUGAUAUAAUGUCGAUAAUACGAUAGAUUUUACCCUUAUCGUUUUUCCUAUCGAUUGAUAAACUGGAUGUGCGCGCGUUGAAGUCUUUUACUUAAACAUAAUCAAAAAAUAUUAUUUACGUUUUUAGAUUGUAAAAAAAUUAUUUGCUAAUCUUCUUAAAACUUAGUAAUUCACCAUAAAUAUUGUUAAUAUGUGUUAUAUAAACAGAUAUCUAUCGUUUAUAGAUAUUAUUGUUUCUUAAAAGGCAUAAUAAUAAUAAUUUCGGAAAAACUGAAGAAUUUUAUUAUAUUUAGGGGCAAAUAUUUAAAUAUGGAUAAUAAUUAUUUUAUCUAGGCAUUUAGCUUAAAAACUACAAAAACCGCCAUUUUGAAUGUAGAGUAUUUUUUAUUGUAAAUAAAUAGGUAUAUUAUGUACAAUAUUAUGUACAAAGAUUUGGUAUAAGAAUGCGCUAGAGGUGAUUUCAUAUCGAAUUGAACAGUGCAAUGUCUGUGUAACAAAUGUGUAUAAAUAAAUAUAGUAAUUAUAAUGAAUAGAUAGGAGAAAAACGGAAUUAUCCUAUGACCAUCGCAUUUAGGAGUUCAGUUAAGUUUGUACAUAUAGGUAGAUACGUUAAGAUAAUAUAUCUUUUAAAUAAUGGUGUUCGGUGUAAAGAGGGUACCUAUCUAUGCUUCUGCACAUUCCAUUCGAAUAUAUAUUUAUAUGCAAGUGUCAAUUUAGCAUCUUUAAUAUUAUGAUAUUAUAUUUGGCAAACGUGUGUAGGUACGUCUUUCGGGUGUAAUUAUAAGAAAAAAUAUAAAUAUUUAUUUAUCU